AUGGCGUACUCAACCCAGGUGGAUGAUGAUCAAGACAGAAAAUCGGUCUAUAAAUACGAUAAAAAGGAAAUCUGGUGUCCAUGUCUAUUGGGAACAACAAGGCCUAAUCUGCUUGAUAUAUCAAAAACUGUAGUUGGUAUAGAUAUCAGAAAUUGGUGGAAAAUGAGCAAUGUGUACGGAAAAAUCAUCAACGAUGAUGUGGUGAAGGGUAUGCAGACAUAUGUUGAGAGAAAGGAAAACUUGGAGGACUUUAUGAUUAUGAGAGCGAAGGCGGCUUAUCAAAUGAUAGGUGUAGACAAUAAGGAUUUCCUUGCAGCCAAAUAUCUGGAUGAACUUGAAGCUCAAGAAAAAGUGAAGGGUACCAAAGUCAUGCUCUACAAUGCCACUGGUGUUACUCUCACCUUUGAAGGCGAAUACGAUGGUUCAGGAAGAAUAGGGAGUUCCCCUUGCCCUCAUACUCUUCACAAUGGACAAUGGGGCGUCUUCUUCCAUCGCAUCAAUGAUGGUGUAAGUGAAGGCGGUGUUAUUUAUGAGGGCAAGUGUCACCCCGAUGGUCAAAAAGGCGAAUGGAAGUUUUCAUGGAAAGUUGAUGGUAAAAAGAACACGUGUUUUACAGAUUGUCAGGAUUCAAGAGUCCGGAAAGGGAACCGAGGAAGUCUAGAUAUAGUUGUAAAGGGUGUUCAGUCCGUGCAACUGAUACAUACAUCGACUCAAGAACUGAUGAAGGCCACUGCUACUAUAGGCAAUACAAAGAAUCCAAUAUUUCAAGGAAUAAUGACUCUCAAAGGGGUCACCCACCCGUUGUUGUCCUAGCUUCUUUUUCUCCAUUUGUAGUUUUGCUUUAAUUUGUUCCCUUGUUCGGUGCCCCCACUUUGUUAGGGCCUUUUUUUCUAACAUUCUUUUUCUUUAAACAUGUCUAAUGUGUUCCCAAUAAAGUUCGUUUCGUCAAAUUUAUUAAAAUAAGUUGAAAGAAAUUGUUGCAA